GGUGCAUCAAUUCAAUCUCCCCGAGGUUCAGCUGCGCUGCUGGGCCGAUUCGAGGAGUCCGAGCCAUCCCUUCCCAAUUGGCAAACACAUUCUCAUGCAGACGAGCAUGCUAAUAUUGAAUGAUCCUGACCAGGCUCAGCUGCGGCUUCAGCACGUCGAGUGACGAGCCGCCACUUGUCUGUAAUCACGCGCAAACUGCCGAAGCCGGCUCGUGGCCCGCCACCAGCCACCGCACACUCGGGCCAUUACGCGGCGCCGGGAGCUCCCACACGUCGUCGGUCGAGUCUCGCACCCACUUCCACCUCCAGGCCCUCCGCGCCGCGCACAGACCCCACCAUGGCAGGUGACGAACUCGAGUACCUCAAGUCGCUCGUCUCGCAGCUCAACGCGAAGAUCGAGGCGUUGGAGGCGAAGGCGAAGGACGCGGUCACGCGCAGCACGCCAGCGCAGCAGCUCCGCACCAUCCUCAUGGGCCCGCCCGGCGCAGGGAAGGGCACGCAGGCGCCGCGGAUCCGCGACAAGUUCUGCGUGUGCCAUCUGGCGACGGGCGACAUGCUCCGUGAGCAGGUCACCCAGAAGACGAAGCUCGGCGUCGAGGCGAAGAAGAUCAUGGACGCGGGCGGCCUCGUCAGCGACGACAUCAUGGUCGGGAUGAUCAAGGACCAGCUCGAGCACAACAAGGCGUGCAAGAACGGGUUCGUGCUGGACGGAUUUCCGCGGACGGUUCCUCAGGCCGAGAAGCUCGAUACAAUGUUGAAGGCCCGGAGCGAGAAGCUAGACCAUGUUGUGCAACUUGUCAUCGAAGACCAGCUGCUCAUCUCCCGUAUUACUGGUCGCUUAAUCCACCCCGCGAGCGGUAGGACGUACCACAGGGAGUUUAGCCCCCCGAAGAAACCGAUGGUCGACGACGUCACCGGCGAGCCGCUCGUGCAGCGAUCCGACGACAAUGUUGAGGCACUGCGCAAACGUCUGACGGUCUUCCACUCGCAAACGGGACCGGUGAUUGAAUACUACAAGCAGAAGGGUCUCUGGAGACCAAUCGACGCGGCGCAGGCACCAACACUGGUGUGGGAGAACAUGCGGAAGGUGUUCACGUCGCAGCAGCCAAAAGCGUAGUCGCUGAAUGUAAAUAUACUUGCGCGAACCGCUAAUGGGCCGCGUCCACUUGCAUAUCUAUCAGCGACAGUGUCUUGCGAAA